AUGGCCCGAUCUAACUCAUCAGUACACAGCCCUGAAAAGAUCAAGCAGAAAUUGACUGAGGAAGAGCUGCUGGUCUUACAAUCUCACCUAGAAGAAUGGAAGGAAGCCACUGGUAAGGAUAGAAAAACAACUCUGAGGGCAGUCAUAAAAGAGGCCAAGAUGCAAGCCCCUAAGAUGGAUGCCCAGCUUUUGAAGAAAAGGAAAUCUGUGAGCAGCCGAUCCUCUAAUGGGAUAAAUGCUCAUGAUGUAUUAAGCUGUACCGGGACUGGUUAUAUAACCGGAGAGCUCAAAAGACUCUCAAAAAAGAGAUACAAGAAGGAGAUCCUUGAAAAGACUGGAGCAAGGCCAGGAGGGAAGGAAAUGAUAAAACACUACCAGGGUGCGGUCAAUGCAAUUAUGAGCGGUUUAUCUGAAGAGCAGCUGGAGGAAGCAAAUAAGACUGCAAUAGAAUGGUCUAGCAAGGCUCCUCCUACAGAUGUCCAGGCUGAGUUCGCUCAGAAGAAAGCUCCUGGUAUGAUGAAGGAUCUUGCGACUCAGUUAUGGAGGCAGGCUGGUAUGAGGAUAUUCAUAUUGUCAGCAUGGAAAACUGAGGAAGGUGAACCUGACCCGGUCAUAAGAAUAGACUUCAAUGAAAGGUUGGAGGGCAAUAGUUUCACAGAUACGAAGGACUGGAAGCCCAUGUUACCAGAGUGGAAUGCCUUUGUUGGAGAAGAGUUCGUUGACUGGAAUGAUGAUGAGGAUGGAAAUGAGGACGGGGAGGGAAAGGAGAGCAGGAACCAAAGGAGAAAUAAAGAGAAAUUCCCCAUGGAAGUGGAUACCUAUGGGCUUCCAGUCAUACCGGAUAUUAAGCCACUUAACCUAGAGAACAAAAAGUCUCUUAUCUGGACAUUCCUCACAAAACACUAUAGGUUUUGCAGUCAAAAGCCAAAGGUGUCUGUUCCUUGGUCUGCAGUGAGAGAUGCUCAGGAAGAUUUUAUCGAGGCCAAGUUUUUACCUUCCGGAGGGAAAAUCAAGGACCCAUUGAAGCUUCAGUUGCUUGAAGCUGACCGGCUCUUAGAGCACUGGCAUCAAAGACAAAAGAACAAGGUUCAGCCAAUGUUUCAAUUCAAAGGCUGGCAAGACCAUGACAAGGAGAUGAGAGAACCAGUGGAGACAAUCACAUCAUGCGACUCUAGCGGGAUAUGCAGUCUAACGACAAUGCAGACUAGGGUUCCAGUGACAAAACCAACCAGCAAGCCAACCGGAAAGUCAUCUGGGAAGCGGACCGGAAGGGUGGCACAGGAGUCAAGUAGUGAGAGUGAGGAUGGUGAUGAAGGUGAGGGUGAGGGUGAGGGUAAAGGGAAUGAAGAAGUACAAUCACCACCUAUCAAGCUGAAAUCAACUGGAAAACGGGGCAGAGCUGUUUGA